AUGAUAAUGUCUUCAAAACCUCUCAAAAGGAAGCCUAGCACCGAAAUCCUGUAUGAAUCUGACAGCAUAACUCAUGGUAAAAAAUUUGCCUCCAGUGCCAGUGUUUCUUACAGAAACGGCAAUGAAUUAAAACGCCAAAAUACACUGCAAACUUCUUACGAGACGUCCGAAAAUGAUUCUAAUGCAGAAACACCCAUCAUGCUCUCAUCCACACGGAAAAAAAGAUCAUCGUUAUUCAAGUAUUUCAACUGUACUUUUGAAGGAUGCAGUAAGGCAUUUAACCGACAGGCAAGGUUAGCAGCUCAUCUGAGAUCUCACUCAAAUGAGCGUCCGUUUGUUUGUACAAAAGAUGGAUGCCAAAAAGCUUACAUGCAAGAAAAGCAUCUUAAACACCACGUUAAAAGCUUUCAUACGCAAGAGCGUGAUUUUCACUGUGACUGGGAAGGUUGUGAUAAGAGUUUCCUCACUUCAUCACGAUUAAAUAGACAUAUCGAAGCACACCAAGGAAGAGAACGAUAUAAAUGUGUUGAAUUUCCACCCUGCAACCAAACUUUCCGCAAACAUCAGACCCUUCAGCGUCAUGUUCGCGCAGAACAUCUUCACCUCUCACCCUUUCCCUGCACAUUCGUAGAUCCUAUCACGAAGGAAAGUUGUAACCUUGGGUUUGAAGGCCCCAGUGGUCUCCGUCGACAUCAAGAAUGCGCUCAUGGUACCGCAAGAUACUUUUGUACCGAAUGCACUCUAUCUGGAAGCUUCAACACAGAUGGAACACCAAUUCAUCCGGGUUUCUCUAGUUAUCGUAAGCUUGAAGCCCAUAUUCGAAAGGAGCAUGCGAACUGCAUAUUCUGUGACAUCAAAUGUCGAAGUCAACGUGAAUUGCUAGCUCAUAUUGAUAGUCAACAUUCUGGAAAGAGCAUACAAGAGCGUCGAAAGUAUCCGUGCAAUGAACCUGGGUGUGACAAAAGGUUCACUACCAAAUAUAAUCUGAAUGCGCAUAUUCGGUCUGCUCAUUUGGGAAACCGUUUUAUAUGUGGCACUUUUCAUGUCGAUACACACCCGAAUAUUCCCGGAUGGACUGAUUCAAAUGGAUGUGGAUGUGACUUUAUUUCGAAGCAAAGUCUCAUCGAUCACAUCCGCUAUACCCACCUCAAACUAAAACGUAAAACUGGCCAUAAUGUUACCAUCGAACCCAAUCUAGAAUUUAAAGAAAGCGAUGUGAUAAAUAAUUUAGAGGAUCUUUAUUCAAACUUGAAUACGGAUACCCAAUUUAAUGGUUCAAUUCAAAAUAAUGCUACGAAUUUAAUAGAGCCUACCGAAUGUACAUCUUCAACCUUCUCUUAUCAUGAUACAGGCUAUAAUAAUUGCCCCAUCAAGACUAGUGACCCCCAGGCUUGUAUGGAAAAUAUUUCAACCGUGGAUAAAUUCACAAAUUAUAAAGAAAUAAUCCCUCAGGACCUAGAAUUAUUAAUCCAGAUCGAACCAGAUACCCCAUUUGAAUUCGAAGAUACAUUUCCGACCUAUCUGAAAGAACCUCAGAGUAAAUAUAGAGAGGAGAACUAUAAAUGUGAAAGGGAACAAAAUACUCUAUGGAAUGAUCUAUUUCCUUUUAUCAGGGACUAA